UUUAGUCACAAUGUUGCAAUGGCUGACGAUUCUCUUGGCACUUGAAUUUGUAUUCGCUUUGCAAGAAAUAGAAGAUCCGCGACAACAGGAUAUAUCUUGGUGGCAGAGCAAUUUCUAUCAGUCUCACUGGCAGCAACGUAAACAUUUCACAAAACCGACGAACAAGAAACUGAGGAUUAUGGAAGACGGACGUAAGGUGUUUCCUUGCUACUGCUACAAACCGAAACCACAAAAGGAAGGUUACUCCACUCCAAAAUAUGAGAAGUAUAUGACAGAGACCAAGGAUCUAUUUUUCUUAAAUAAAUAAUAUAUACUCCUAGUGU